AAUAUUAAAUCAAAGAAAAUGGAUGAUGCAAUUCUUCGUUUUAUUUGUCUUUCAUCACAAUCCCUUUCAAUAACUGAACAGGAAAGUUUUACUGAUAUGUUGUCACUUGCAUGUCCAAAUUAUACAGUGAAGAAUAGAGAAUAUAUGACAAAUUUAAUUACUAAAAAAUUUCAAUCAAAAUAUUCGGGUUUGAAGGAUGCUUUAAGGAAAUGUCAGAGUUGUUCCUUCACUACAGCUAUUGGUCACUCUAAAGGACAAUAUUUUUUGAGUGUGACUUGUCAUUUUAUUGAUGAUUCAUUUAAUCGUUGUUGGAAAGUACUUGUUGCUGAACCUAUUACAGGAGAGAAUACUUCAAAUGCUAUAACAAAUAAAAUUAAUGAAAUAUUUGUUGAUUUUGGAAUUUCCCCAACAAAAGUACAUUUAUUUUUACGAGAUGCUGCCUCUUCGAUGUGUAGAUCUGUUGAAGAUUUAAAAUUUCAAUAUUUUGAUUGUUUUCUACAUAAAUUAGCCUUGUCAGUAAGUGAUGGUUCUAAUUUACCAGAAAUCUCUAAACAAAUACAAAUUUGUAGAGAAUUAGUUGCUUUCUAUAAUUGGUCUUCAGCCUUUCAAAGUGCUCUUUCAAGGCAACAACAACUUGUUGAUGCCCCAAAAAAUCCAUUAAUUGGAGAAAUCCCGACACAAUGGACUUCUACAUUAACAAUGGCUAGACGUGUUAUUGAACAGCAGAAUGCAUUAUUGGCUGCUUGUUUAGACUUUCAAGAUGUUACACUUCCAAAUUUUGAAUUUUUAAAGAAGAUCUUGAAUGUAAGAAAUUUAUAA